AUGGAUCGACAAUCGACGACGUUCAUAUUGAUGAAGAUCAUUCGCGAUCUUAAUCUUAGUACGAACACAGAGGCUCGCGAACAACAACGUCGAUUCGUCAAUGAACGCUUUCAACGAUCCAAUACCAACAUUGAUCGUUCCAUCAAGUCUUCCGCAACUGAUUUAACCGAACUUAUCGCGAACUUUUCCGACAUCUACACUUCAAUCGAACAAUCAAAAAGUCGUGUUCAAAAUGUUCGUGAACGUUUACGAGAAUGUAAGAACUUAUUGUUACUCAAACGACAAGACAUCCGUAAACUAUGGCUAUUGACAUCGGAACAGAAUGCUCUCGUCAAAAUCUACCAAAACAUCGACGAAUUAAAACAUGUACCUGCUCGUUUACAAUUCUACUUAAACAAACACUUGUAUCUUCAUGCGUCUUUAUUGUUAAUCAAAGCCAAAGAACAUCAAGAGCUGCGUCUGAUCAAUGCUUUAGUUGACAUCGACACACAGUUGAAAGAUGAGCGGUUAAGCUUCGAACAUCAACUACGGUCAGAAUUGAUCAAUCAACUAUUCGAAAAGCCAUGUCGAGAUAUUCUUGGCAACAAAAAUGUCACCUCAUCGUCAUCAAUAACGAACUCCUCGUUAACAUCGAACAAAAAUGAUCAUAACUAUUUAUCUCGAAUUCGGGAAAAUCGUCUGCUGAGAAAACAACUGGAUCAAGAUUUUGAGCUGGGAAAGUUAUCAUUUGAAUUUCAUUCAUUAGCCAUCAUUCCUGAUAAAUACAUGUUAGUUGAUAUUCGCCAUCAAGCACCUGAUCUCUAUCUCGAUGUUCUCUUACAGUCUUUAUCAAUUCUUUCACGUUUGAAUGAAACACUCGAACACAUUCAAAAACAAUUACAUGAGCAAUUCCAUCGAAUCGUGCAGCGAACAACACAACACAUCGUCGAUAACAAUUUUGUGUUACAUUCGAACAAUUCACAUCAAAGUCAUCUAAUGAAUAAUCCUGAUUGUCUUCGAGACCUGUUAGAAACAUGCUAUGAACAAUUCAAGAUUGUGGUGAAAAAUAUUGAAUACGUCCUGAAUGGGUUGAAAUUGAUACAAGAACAUCAAGCAUCAGUACAACUUCAACAAGAUGCAUAUCUUCAAAUACAAGCAGCAAAAAAUCAACGAGAUCUUAAAAAUCAUCAACGACAAGCUGUGUCAUCCGUACCAAAUACUAUCCAGUUUGAAAUUCCAUAUCUCUUUUCAAUCGAACUCGUUUGGGAAACUCUUCAACAAGUUCUCAGUGAAGUGUUGAAUGAAUACAUUGACUACAACAACACAUUAGAUACAUCAGCAUUGAAUUCGUUGUUAAUACCGAAUGGAACUGAUUACAAUAAUCACCAUUCAGUUACUGACUUUUCACAAUACUUAACGAAAAGAGCUCCACCCCGUCCACAACAAAUUCCACGUCUCUUCGAAUUCUCUCAAUCAGCACAGUUCAACUCAUUAACUUCGUAUUUACAAGAUCAGAAUCGCUUUGCCAUCAAACCAGAAACAACAGCGGUUGCCACAGCAUAUAAACAAUACGUUUGCAAACCAAACUAUCGAAACAUCACUGCUGUUCACGAUAUUCUACAACGAAUCAUCGAAGAUAUUGAUGUGAAUGUCAAACUGCAUGCGACGAAACGUAUUCUCGACAGGAAACUAACUGAAUUCAUUCGUGAUCGAUUCAUUGGUCGCGUCAUCAAAGAUAUUUGUGAAUCUGCUCAGUUGUCUUCCGCAUCAUCUAUUGCUGAUCAAACACGUCUUGCUGAGUUAGUUCCAGUUGUUCUGCAAAAACAACUUCAACUACCCAUGCCAAUUCUACAAUCCACUUAUCUGAUAUUCAAGUCAUGCGAAGAAUUAUGUGCUCUCGUCAAGUGUCUUCCACCUUAUGCAGAUGACUUCUGUCAGGCUAUCAUCGAUCUUCUAUUCAAACAUCGAGAAUCGAGUAAUAAACUCUUUCUGAGCAUUGUCGAACGAAGUGAUUCACCCGGAACAUCGAUCUAUUCGAAUGAAUGGGUCAAAGACGCCGAUAUCAAUCGACAUCUACGAACAAUGCCAGCAUUUGAUACAUUUAUCCGAAUGGCCAAACAACAAAACUCCAACAAUCACAAUAAUCAUCAAGAUGACAAUGCUGAUAAUAUUCGAUUUAGACAAACAAAGGAAACAGAAACUUUACUGAUUAAUUUCAGCCAAAAUGAAAUGAACUUGGAUGACAUAUGCACGAAUUAUAAACAUGUGAAGUUAUUAGCGAAUAUUCACGAGAGUCUCGACUGGUUAUAUUGUAAAUUAUCGUAUUAUUUUGAUAUUUUGGACAGAUGUCUAAGCGAUACAAAAUAUCUCGAUGCAUUGACACAAACAACAGUUACAUCUGGUUAUUCUUCGCGCACAUUGAAACAAAAUCUUCAUCAAUAUGAACAACUGAAACUGUCUCGUGUCAAUCUGGAAAUCUUCUCCAAUGCAAUGAAAACAAUAUUAACCUUAUCUUAUGACAUUUUACUUGUCCUGUUUCUUGAAAUUCGUCUUCAUUGCUUUUAUCAUCUUUCAUUAUUAUUUCGUAAUGCUUCACAUUAUGCAUCAGUCAUCGAUACAGAUCCAGAUGAAAAUAUCAUGACAUUGAAUCGUGAUCUAACACGUUUACAAGAAACAUUACAUUCGGCAUUGAACGAAAAGAAGUUUCUGUUUCUUUUCCAAGGCCUUGGUUUUGUUUUAGCUACGAUCUUAAUUCGUUCGGCACCACGUUUUGUUCGUAUUAGUGAGUCAGGUGUGACGAAAAUGUGUCGAAAUAUCUUCGCCAUUGAACAAACAUUAACACAAAUUCGAACAGUUGGUGAUGCUGAACUGAUGCGUGCACAUCGUUACUAUGAAUUGUUGUAUGCAACAAAACCAGAUGAAAUCAUUGCUGUGAUUGAAGAACGUGGACCGGAAUAUACUGAACAAGAUUAUAUACACUUAUUACAAUUGAAACAUCGAAGUUUUCCGGCGAGUGAAAGUGGCAAUUUUGAUUUGAAUAAAUAUGAACAAAUGAUUCGCAAAGCACUUCAUCCAAAUAAAGUUGUGAAUGGACAAACGAAUGCAAAACAUUAG